AUCACUGUGAGGCCCUCUCACAACACAUACACAUACUGCAGAUAGUGAGGAAGUGUUAAGCAGGAGUGAUAGUGUUGAACCAUGCCAGCGUAUUCAACCAACAUGAAGCUGAAGUUUCCAAUUGUGGCCUUGUUGCUGGAGAUCAUCACCAUCAUCCUGUAUGCAGUGUUUGUGGUGUACGAUGUUACAUCUGAAAGUUCUUCAGGACAUCAUGGCACUAAAAAUAGUUCUGAUGUGGUAAACCAAGUGGCUCUCUACCCUAUGUUUCAGGAUGUGCAUGUGAUGAUCUUCAUCGGUUUUGGUUUCCUCAUGACCUUCCUGAAGCGGUACGGCUUCAGCAGCGUGGGCAUCAACCUGCUGCUUGCUGCCUUUGGCCUUCAGUGGGGUUUACUGCUGCAGAAUAUCUGGCACAUGGAGGAUGGAAAAAUUAGGGUUUCAAUCUCUAGCAUGAUUAAUGCCGAUUUCAGCACAGCGACAGUGCUCAUCUCAUUCGGUGCAGUUUUGGGGAAGACAAGUCCAGUGCAGCUGCUCAUCAUGACCCUGCUAGAAAUCACCACAUUCUGCAUUAAUGAACACAUUGUGGUUGAAUUCCUGGGGGCAUCAGACAUUGGUGCUUCCAUGACCAUCCAUGCGUUUGGAGCUUACUUUGGUCUUGCUGUUGCGCGUAUGCUUUAUCGCCCAGGUCUUCGCAAUGGUCAUAACAACGAGGGAUCUGUUUAUCACUCUGAUAUGUUCGCAAUGAUUGGUACUGUAUAUCUGUGGAUGUUCUGGCCAAGUUUUAACUCUGCUAUUGCUGAACCUGGAGAUGCACAGCUCACUGCCAUCAUUAAUACUUAUUUCUCUCUGGCUGCCUGUGCGCUCGCUGCCUACGCUACCUCCAGCCUGGUGGAGAAGAAAGGCAAACUGGACAUGGUUCACAUCCAGAAUGCAACUCUGGCUGGUGGAGUUGCCGUGGGAACGUGUGCUGAUAUGAGCAUCGGUCCGUUUGGAGCCAUGUUGAUCGGCCUCAUUGCUGGAAUCAUCUCUACUCUUGGUUUUAAAUUCCUCAGUCCCUUCCUUGCAUCACACUUGGGAAUUCAAGAUACAUGUGGAGUGCAUAACCUUCAUGGCAUGCCUGGGAUUUUGGGUGGUCUGGCUGGUAUCGUAGCAGCAGGCCUAGGCAAGAAAAAUGACUUUAGUGCUGGCUUUCAGGCUGCUGCUUUAGGUUCAUCUCUUGGUUUCGCCCUCGUUGGAGGAGCCAUCACAGGUCUUAUACUGAAGCUGCCAUUUUUGGGACAACCACCUGAUCAGAACUGCUUUGAUGAUGCUCUCUACUGGGAGGUACCUGAGGAAGAGGAAACUGGUGAAAGUCUUACUCAUACAGAUCACUCUAAGAACAAAGCAGAGGCUUAAAUCUCUUAAAUCUGCCUUUGUGGUCUUCCUACAUAACUCAAUCCAAUAAAUCCACAACCAACUCAGGAAACAUUAACAAUAUUCGUAAUUCUCAGCAGCUCAAACAAACUCUAAUCUCCAAAGCAACUUGUAAUCGUGUCUAUAUUGUGUACAAGGAAACUUUUGAAUAUUUCCCUCAUGACCGGGAAGGUGAAACCUAUUUAAACAUGGAUGCUCUUCAUUAAAUUCCAGCUCCUAAAUACAUCACAAUUGAUGCCAACUAGCAAUGAGUUACAUUAGCUCUGGUGAACUGAGCAUGAAUUCAUGAAUUUGUGCAUUAUGUCUAUGUGCAUGUCACCUAAUUCAAACUCAGUCACACAACUUAGCAAAUUUGUUCAUGUGCCCUACUAUAGAUCUUUUUUAAUCUUGGGAUUUGAGUUGAUUACUAGCACAGAAACCCAACAAAUGAGCAACCGGUGCUGAGUAAUUAAAAUGUACACACAUCUGUCCCUGGAUUCUUUCACUAAACACUUCCACAUCAUCCCCAUAUCCAGCAUUUAUGUACCACCUGAGAACAAUUAUGUAGCAUUUCUGUUAAGUAUAACAAUUUAUAGCACUUAUUCAUGACUACACAAUUAGGAAGCGUCUUUUAAAAAAAAAUAAUGGGGGGGGGGAUUUCUUUAGCUACUUAAUCAUUGAUUACACAUAUUAUGUGUUUUUUUUUAAGCCUGACAGUUUGAGCUGUUCUGCAACUGAGCUUAGAUUGGUCUGUGUAAAAACAGGUCUAUUUGCAUGCUUUACUAAUUUUUUUCUUUAUUCUUUAUUCUCUCCAUGUGUGACACUGUCAGUCAUUUCUUCUGCUCGUCUUCAUGUCAGGUUCAGAUAUGAGUUCACUACCUUCACUACCUUCAGUUUGGUCACAUGGUAUGUCUCCACCUAAAUCCAAGCCUUGUGUUCUUACAAAAAGAAAGCGGUAUGAAUGAUAAAACUAAAAAGUAUGUAAGAAGCGUAGAUGCACAAAUUAUUAUUAUGAAAUUAAAUAUUAUGACAUCACAAAAAUUUGAAUAAUAAUUAUUUUGGAAUAAUUGUUAGUGAACUCAGAAGCUUGGUCCUGAUUAUUCAUUAAACAUCCCAGAAAGGUGACUGACAUAUGAUGUAAACACUGUGUGUGUGUGUGUGUGUGUGUGUGUGUGUGUGUGUGUGUGUGUGUGUGUGUGUGUGUGUGUGUGUGUGUGUGUGUAAAUAUAGUUUACUCAGCAUAGUUAGAAUGUAGGUAGCUUGGCAGCAUCACAAAAUAUUUACAAAAUAUAAAAUGUCUAAAUAUGUAACAAAUGUAUUAUUUCAUAAAUAAAUGUUUUAUACAACUUUC